UCUUUCUAACAAGAGAAAGUAAAUACUUUUAGAAAACUUAAGCUUUUGAAAAGCUUUGAUAACGCCACACAAUCGAGUAGAUUCUCUCGGAGUAGUUAUUUCAUUUUCACCUUCCAGCUGAGUCGGUUGUGUUUUUCGUGUAAAAAAGCUUUUUGGAUAAUGUCGGCCAAACCCGUCCUCUACUAUGCGCCCCGCAGUCCUCCCUGCCGCGCCGUUCUGUUGACCGCCGCCGCCCUGGGCCUGGAGUUGGAUCUACGCCCAGUUAACGUUAAAGCUGGAGACCACUUGUCGGCAGAGUUCUUGAAACUAAACCCACAGCACACUAUUCCGGUGCUAGAUGACAAUGGCACCGUGGUCAGUGAUUCCCACAUCAUCAUCAGCUAUCUGGCGGAUAAAUAUGCACCUGCUGGUGAUGACUCCUUGUAUCCCAAGGACGCGGCGCAGCGUCGCCUGGUGGAUGCCCGUUUGUACUACGAUUGCGGCCACCUGUUCCCGCGCGUCCGCUUCAUUGUGGAGCCUGUUAUCUACUUUGGAGUCGGAGAGGUGCCAGCAGAUCGUGUGGCCUACCUCCAGAGGGCCUAUGACGGUCUGGAGCACUGUCUGGCCAAUGGACCCUUCCUGACUGGCGACCAACUGACCAUCGCGGAUCUUAGCUGCAUCGCAUCAGUGUCCACGGCGGAGGCAUUUGCUCCCAUUGAGGCGGAUAAGUUCCCCAAACUGGUGGAGUGGGUGAAGCGACUGCAGGCAUUGCCCUACUAUGCGAAGAACAACCAGGAGGGUCUCGACAUGCUGGUGGAUUUGGUCAAGGGACUGGUGGCCGAACGUCAACAAAGUUAAUUCCAGGAGAGACGCGGCGGAUGCAUUUCCUUUCAUGCAUUUAUUCAUGGGUUUUUACAUUCUUAAAUAAAUAAAUACUUUGAGCUGUGGCUUAAA